CUGGGAAGUGAUGUCGAUGCAGGGUCGGCCCGAAAUCGGCGGAGUUGGGAUUCGAACUCAUUUCACAGGCAGAGGGAGGAGCGCAGCCAUAGCCACCCCCACUGGGUCCGACUCCAGCUCUCGGGCUCGCAGGAGUAAACGCGCAUGCUCAGGGAGCUCGGUCGCGCAUGCUCAGCGCAACCGCGGGGGAAGACUCCAGCCGCCAGGGGGAGCGCGUGCCGUUCUUGCCUCUCUGGCCUGCGCCUCCUGAGCCGAGUAGAUAUCCCAGAGUUCCGCGCGGCGCCAGCCCUUCCGCCGUGGCCGCCUCUGGAGAGCAGCAGCCAUGGCUCUGCGCUACCCUAUGGCCGUGGGCCUCAACAAGGGCCACAAAGUGACCAAGAAUGUGAGCAAGCCCAGGCACAGCCGCCGCCGCGGGCGUCUGACCAAACACACCAAGUUCGUGCGGGACAUGAUUCGGGAGGUGUGUGGCUUUGCCCCAUACGAGCGGCGCGCCAUGGAGUUACUGAAGGUCUCCAAGGACAAACGGGCCCUCAAGUUUAUCAAGAAAAGGGUGGGGACGCACAUCCGCGCCAAGAGGAAGCGGGAGGAGCUGAGCAACGUACUGGCCGCCAUGAGGAAAGCUGCUGCCAAAAAGGACUGAGCCCCUCCCCCGCCCUCUCCCUGAAAUAAAGAACAGCUUGACAGAA